GACGGAAAACUCAUAAUCACCUAUGAUAUGGUACCGGCAAGAAGGGCCACUCCGGUAUUUAAAAACGAAACUAAAAAAUGGGGAGAGAUUUAUAUUAGACCAGACUAUGAACCCUCGCUUGGUGGAUAUGAAGUGACUGUCUAUCGGGAACGAAAAUAUUUUACGGCCUAUGACCUUUUACCAAUGAUCGGAGGCUUCGCCAUUUUACUUCUCUUAAUAUAUAAGCUUCUGUGGGGUGACUCACGACUAAACCCUUACGGUUUCUUCCAAAAGUAUAUUUUUCGUUCCACUCCGUCCAUCUCCUUUAAUCAAUUUGGUCGCGAUUAUGGUCCAUAUAACAAUGCCAUCGCAUUAAAUCGAAUUGAGAAGCCACCAUCCGCAGCAUUAAAAUCAAAUGGAUUCACCAAGAUGCAUGAUGAAUCCGAUGCCAAUGUGUCAAGCGCAUGUGAUUCAAGUUACCCCUUCAAAGGGUAUGGACCAGGGCAAAUCGACGAAGUGAGAGAUUCAUUACUGGAGUCGGCGUCGGGUCCGGGUAUUGGAGGUAAUAGUGGAACGAAUCCCUUUUGUAAUAAUCAAAAUCAACGUGAAAUAACACCAAAGAUAACAAUGGAAAUUGAAGGAUUAAAGAGAGAGGCGACUCAAGAGGAAAAGUGCAAAGGUCUCCGUGUCGUCUACCCAGCUCGUCCGGGAAUCACCUAUCCACAAAAGUCCCAUCAUUCUAUAAAAAUUUAUCGCGACUUCAAUAGUAAUAUCGAAUUCAUCAAGUUAGUUCAACUUUGGGGGAUCGAUUCCACGACUGGAAACCGUUAUUACGUGAAACCUUUGUGGAAAGGCAAAAGAUUUGUUGCUCCAGGUCAAUCUACUAGGAUCAGGGUAGAAAUUAAGCUGCCUCAUAAUGUUGUAGGGAAUCGUCAAUUUUUCUAUAGGAUAUAUUCGAAAAAGAUCGAAGGAUUUGCUGAUUGUUUCAUUGAAAGUGGUCCCUUUUACAUUCAGCAAUAA